UGGGAGUUGUAGUCAUCUGGGAAUCCCUGUUAGAAGGAACAGUGGGCUGGUCGUGUGAAUGACCUUCGUAUGUCUCCAGUCUAAAUGAUUAGAUAAAACUGACUUGGGAGUAUGUGAUUUCAUGUCUCACCAACUUGGACACUCCCUUGUGACAACACACUGAACAUGGCUACAGAAACCUUCGCUGAAUUCUUGAAUAAACUCAAGGAAAUACACGAAAAAGAAGUCCAAGGCCUGCAAACAAAACUGAAUGAGAUAACCAAUGAGAAAUGUCGGGACUCCCAGAGAAUCGAAGAGCUGUUUGCUAAAAACUACCAGCUACGAGAACAGCAGAAAGUCCUUAAAGAAAAUGUGAAAGUGUUAGAAAACAGAUUGCGAGCUGGACUCUGUGACAGAUGCCAGGUGACCCAAGAACUUGCUAAGAGGAAGCAACAUGAAUUUGGGAAGGCCCAUUUCCAGAGUCUUCAGCACAUCUUCAUCCUCACUAACGAAAUGAACAAACUGAGAGAGGAGAACAAGAGCCUGAAAGAAGAACUGAAACGGCUCUGCAGCAUGGAGGACAGACCAAAGCUCCUGAGAUGGGUGUCCAGAGAAGGGAGCUCCACCCCAGACUCACCAUUGCCCUUGUUCUCCGUGCAGGGCCGAAGAUCCAGCACCGAGAAGACGGCUAGCCAAGAAACAGAGGAUGGCUAUAGGGAACGUCUCAGCCGUCCAAUGGGAGGAGAUCAGUCUCCAGGACGGAGAAGUUCUCCGGGCAACAGGGUCUCCCCUGAAAUAAUUAUCCAGGAAGAACAUGCUCUGGAGACGAGUUCUCAGAGGAUCGCAAACCAGCUGCAUGGAACCAUUGCGUUGCUUCGACCUGGCAUGAGAUCGUGCUCUGAGGAAAGGGAUUGCCCAGGAAAUUCCACCUCGCCCCCAGCAAGUGAAAUUCCGCCAUCCCCCCAGCCUGAGCGAAGUCCCAGCUUUGAGGCUUAUUUAAGAGCCAGCAAAUCAGACUGCCAUGAAAUUGCUUCGUCUUAUGAAACUCUGAAGUUUGCCACCAGAAAAGAACAGCUCCGCCUCCUCGACCAACAUUUUGCCCUGCACCAUCUUGGACUCCGGAAUAACUCCAGCAACAAGGACGGCAGUUUCCCUCACCACUUGUUACUGACCAGAGAAGUGGGAGGUAGAGCAAGGUCCCAAGAUGACUGGGAGGACCAAGCUGCCAUCUUGGAACUCCCAGACGCUGUGGUGUACAUGAAGGACUGCAAGUUAGAGAACAGACUCCAGUUCCUUAACCACCAAGAGAAACUCCAGUAUUUAUUAACACAACAGCGACAGCAAGAAGUUAAGGCCAAGAUGGAAGGCAGCCAAGAAAAGCGAUCACCCUCCCCGUUGCUGAGGUCUGCAAAAGAGUGCAAAAAAGAAAGUCCCUGCCUGGAUGAGCCCACUGAUGAGACACUUGGGAAAUUUCUCUGGAUUCAUAAGGAGGAUCUGGAGGAAGCAGAGACGGCUGAGACUAUGAGGGAGUAUCUCACCGAAGCACCACUGGAUUUAUCAGAUUAUGGGAAAGGAAGAGAGGCCUUGAAGCUAGUCAGCGGGCAGCAGUCCUCAGCAGAGUGCAAGGCUGGGAGUGUGGAUGAAGAACCGAAUGAGGACCCAUUCCACGCCCAUGAGGCGAAAUAUCUCCAUGGGAGCAAAGAGUCAGAGCAGCUCAUGGCCAAAACCAAAGAGGGCAUUGCAGCAUCUUUGAUCUCUUCAGGGCGAGACCAGCCUGUUUCCAGGUCAUCCCCUUGUGAUACAGUUGCCAGUUCAGAGACUAAAACACCUGCAGGAGCCGAGAAGCAAGUUACAGACCAGCCAGAUGAUGGCGAUUCAGAAUCAGUUAAAGAAGAAUCCAAUGAACCCGACAGUACGUCUGAUAGCGAGGUGACUGAUGCGUGCAGUGAUGGAAGUCUCCAGGGAACUUCUAUGGAAAAAGAACAUUACGGCAUAAAGGCGGGCAGUCCUAGAUUGCCAAAGAAGCGGAAGAGAGGACAGGAUUCAUGGACCAAAGCCUAUAAAAAGUCCAUGAGAGGCGGAAGGAAUGGCAAACCCAGUGAGACUCCAGCCGACGCAGAAGGAGCGGCAAACCAAAUGGAAAACCCCAGCCCUGCUUUCAGUCAAAAUGCCACCUCCGAGGAGAAAUGAUUUGAAUGUACUUUCUGGCUAGGACAGUUGCUGCAGCUAGAGCGGUUGUCAGCCAUUGCUGGCUUGCUAAGAGGUCCUUCUGCAGCCCCAAAUGGCUCUAAUGAUCCCCAUUGACAUUAACAAGGAUGGACACCCUUCUGGAGCCCAUUGCUUGUGUCACCAGCUACCAGGAACUGUUGGUUCAAAUCCUGGCUUACAAGUGAAUUCAUGAGGACUAGUAACUCACUGACAGUCAAGGCACUCUGGACAGCGUUUAUAAAUUAUCU